CACUGUAGGGGACGCUACAGUUUUCUCUCUGCUGCGGCGAGGCUUCAUCACAAGUCAUCCCAGGCAGAGUUCAUGAGUCCCAUUUACUGAAAGAUGAGUGAAUACACCAGCUGUAAGGUGAACAUCCGUACAGCAUGAAGUGAUCAUUACUCUCCCCGAGCGUUGUAAUUGCGUUGUUUACUCCAUGACUUGAGAAUGCGAAGCAAUAAAUGUGUUGGAACUAAUGCCGGACAAUGCUCUCGCACUAAAAGUAUUCACUUAAGGGAAAGUGAAAGGUUUAUAACACUGACAUCAAGAGGCGGUUCAUCACUCUGGCAUAACUUCUUUUUUUAACAGGGCACAACUAAGGGAAGAUUAUGGCUCCUUCUCCUCUGCACGUGUUUAAAAAGGAGACAGGAUUUUCUCAGGAAAGUCAGCCUCAAAUCCUGGUCUGUGGUUUGUUAGUGGCUGGGGGAGCCUUCCUGCUACUGGUGCUGCUCACAUUUCUCUGUAAUAACUGUCAAAGCAGAAACAACAAAGAAAAGAAAGUCAAGAUUGACGGUGUGAAGUUAGUUGGUAUGUCCGUAGGGCGCAUACAACAGCUUCGACCUGUUAAUACACCUGAACUGGGAGUACGCAAUCUUAACAGAAUGUCUUACCAUGGUGAAAAUGGCCUCAGAAGCUGGUCAGCUAGUAUGGAUUAUCUACAUCUACCAGAAGCAGAACAUUUAGAGGACAAAGCAGGUGAGGAGGGAAAUUCAAGAAUUCAACAGACCAGAGAGUUACCCAGACUUCCUGGAAAUAAUUACAAAGGAGGAAACCUGCCUGCUUUGAGAACAACAGCUGAUAUGGAUUGUAUCUAUGCCAAUGCAGAAAAAUAUCCUUGUCAGGAGAACUCUAUUGAAGACACAUUGUAUGAAAGUGUUGGAACAAAGCACGAAGUGGAUCAUAAUAAUCAUCAACAUGUUAGGCAAUCAAAACCUGAAUAUAGAGCUAAUGAAAUGGAAGCAUCUUUCAUGCCUCAAAGACAACUUGCACAAGGUUUGCAGGAGCCAGCGGGAAACAUGGACGCACCAGAAUAUGCCUCAAUUCGAAAAAUGAAGAAGAAAGAAAAGACGUUCAAUCUGGAGGGUGUACAGGAACAACAACCAAGAACAAAUGUAACAAAUGGUUGUGUGUUGUUACCAGGACCCAGAAACUAUGGGAAACCAUUAAGAAUUGAAGAAAAACCUACCUUUUUACAGACUAAGAAUCACAGUUCUGCGAUACAAGGCAGCCUGAAAUCUAUCACAGAGUGUGAAGCAACAAAAUCUCGAAAAGAAUGUAGGGAGGAGAGAAUUCCAUGCGCCAAUCUAACUGAAGGAUGGCCAAAUGCUGAUAAUGCCUGGUUUAAGGGAAAAGGUUACAGUUUCAACAAAUCGCAUGAACAACUCCAUUCACUCACAGAUGAAGAGAUUGCAGCAAUGUAUUCCAAGGUGGUUAAAAAAGGUCCCAGAAAGGAAAUACCAUUAUCACUGAAUACAGGACUCCAAAAAGAAGGCAAGUUAAAUCAUCACUUCUGGUCAACUGGGAAUUUAAAUGAAGAAGAAUCAGAAUAUGAGUCCAUCAAGAGUCCCCGGUGGCACUCAGGCACUCAGAUAACAGGGGAUGAACCUGAUUAUGCCUCAGUCAAUGAGAGGACCUGGGGAAUGAAAUUCAGAAAUGAAGGAGGAGGAAGAGGAAGAGAGGAAGAAGAGGAGGAGGAGGAGGAAGAAGAACCUGACCCAGGCUACGAAGCAAUUAACAUAAAAUGGAAGAAAAUUAAUGUUGCUAUUAAGAGUGGCAAAAUACAGAAGAUUGCACGUGAGGCACAAACAGAAAACUAUUAUGAAAGCAUCAAUGAACUGCAGCAGAGCCGUACACAUACACGAGUACUAACUUCAGGUGACGGCAAAGAGGUCUAUGUAACAGGACUGUAAAUGUGCAUUUCAAAGGAUGGAGCAAAACUCCACUUGCAGUUGUCGUUAAACUGACAAGUUCCUUUUUUUAAAAGGAGGAAAUCUGAGUUAAUGGAUAAGUUUGAUCAUUUUAGAAAAUCCAUGACUAUUGCCUUAUGCAAUGGCAGACCUUUUAAGUUCAAUGGCUGAAAAAUAAACCACGUAAUAGUAUUGAUCUACAUAUUUCCAAUAUUAAUGGACAUACACUUACCAGAACUUAGAGGAAAUCAAAUAACAUAAAACACAUUUUAAUAACCAUCACAAAUAUUGACAAAGGUUAUUUCCUAAUUAGUGUGUUGAAUGUUAGUAACUUUUAAAGGAGAAAAUAAUGCUCAUCGUGAAGAAGUAAAUUUAUGUAAUUUACUCAACGCAAUGGUCCCGACGUUCUGAUCUCUGAAUAGUUGGAGACUAGAUGUACCCAACAACAUGUAUAUCAGGACCAUGCAAAAGUCCUGACACACUACGCAGCAAUUGGCAUGGAAUAUGAAGCUUAAAAUGGGCAAUUACCAAACACUGAAAUCCUCUGACAAAGACCAAACUCUGCAUUAGAGUUGGUGGGUUCCAACUGAUUUACUUCUUUGAGUUAGCUAGGAAACGUUACAAGACUUAAACCUGCUGUAACUCCAGGCUAAUUAUACAACUGCAUCUCAAACACUCAGUGACACCACAGUCACUCUCACAGACUCCACCAUUCUCACUCCCAAUGGAUAACCCACAAGAACACACACUAGACCAGAUCAGGUUCACUCCAAACCCACUCAACCUGUCACCGCCCCCUCUCCCUUCCUGCACUCUGAAUCAGAAAUCCCCCCACUCCUGAUCCAACCCAGUCUCACACCACCCUAUUUCAUACACCAACAUCCAUGCAAUGAAUUAGGCAGCAAAACAUAUUCAGAAAUUUACAGAGCUUAUUGUAAAUUUAUGGUUUAGCACAAACAUCAAUUUCUACCUUUCCCUUCCCUGUCCAGAGCCAAAAUCUCACUGGGAAAGAACUCAGUUAUUUGUUAUUUUUUAAAUCGACCUGUUCAGAUGUUUUUAUAACACCUCUGAAGUAGGUGGAACUUGAACUCAAGCCUCCCGGCUCAGAAUCAUUCCUUUGUGCAGACAUUGGCCCCCAGUGAGCUUCCUCACAAGCUCUAUGUCCACAGACCCCAACACUUGCCUCACUGUCAGGACAUGGUUGUUCACCACCAAUGAGGGAGCCUUUCCCAAUUACAGCAUUCCCUUCCACCAGAUGACUAAGGAGUUAAACUCUGGGGAGGGUGGAAGGAGGGCAGGGGUUUCACACAGACUCAGCGUAAACUUUUUGGAUGAGAAUUUAGGAGGCACAAUUAGUAAGUUUGCUGAUAGCAGCAACAUUGGUGGUAUAGUAGACAGUG